AGACUAGUUCAUGACCAGGUUUUAAAAGCCAACCAUCCCCAUUUGUGUGGCCAGUCAUUAAAAUGAACUGCGAUAACGUCAUGAACCCAGAGCCACAUAGGAGUCUCUCUGAAAAAGAACUGCACAUCAGAUGAAACGUCACAAUUAAAAGAGAACUUCUUGGGGCUUCGCUCUCGAUACCGUCUCAUUGUGAGACAGAGCUACAUGCGUUGAAGACCAAUGCCAAUGAAGGGAAAGAGGAGAGUUGAGAUCGCUGCGCUGCUGUUGCUGUGCGCUCUUUGUGACGGAGACGAGUUGCAGCCUCAGCGAGACGCACCUCGAGCGCUAUGUAUCACCACCAGCCUGACUGGGGUGUUGUGUACUCUGUCUGAAGCCCAUCUGAAUGGUUCUGGUCCUACCAGACUAGAGGUCCCUGCUGGGCAGAGCCUCCAUAUCACCAUGCAGAGCCUCCCAGGAGACCCUGUCUGCAGCUGGAGCCGUGGACCUGACCCAAUAAGAGGGGGCUAUUCUAUGGCCAUACCACAGACGUCUGUGCGUGAUUCUGGAGAGUACUCCUUCGGCUGUGUGAAUUGUGGCAUCAUCUCCUCCCUGACGCUCUCUCUACUGGUUGGACCUCCUCUGAGACGUCCGUCAAAGCCACAUCUGAAAUACAUCCCUGGGAGAAGAGGCUUUUUACCUAACUUCCAGUGUUCUUCAGAGGGAAAUCCCAAGCCAAAAAUUGAAUGGUUCAAUAACCUUGACAAGACUGGACAACGUAGUCAUGGGAACGAGACAUCUAAGGACUCCGAGAGGUCCAACAACACAGAGGGAAGUAAACCAUACUACAAGACAACAGUUAUGUGCUGUGCUAGUAACCCCAAAGGAGAAGAGUGUUCUCAGCUCUAUGACUAUGACUUGGACCGCAGCCGAAGUGUGGAUGAUGAUAAUGAAGCUCCAGAGAUCACUCUGAGCCCGGGUCAGCCCCUGCUGCUCCGCUGUAGGGAGAGAGAGAACAGCACCACACAUUGGCUGACUGAUAAUCAGGAACAGGUGGCCGUAUAUAAACUAUCCUAUAAAGGAAUAGAUAUGACCUACCUGUUCUUUGAGUCGGUGAGAGUGAACCACAGUGGUAUCUACACCUGCCGGAGCAACAAGAACAAGAUCAAGUCCACCCACAUCCGGGUCCUGGAGAAGGGCUUUAUUUCCAUCGACCAGCUGAAUGAGAGCAGUACCAUCUCAGCCCAGGAGAUGCCAGGGUUCUGUCUGCGGGCCCUGGUCUCCUCACACCCUCUCCUACGCUGCUAUUGGCUGGGCCCGGGUGGUGUACAGACCCAGUGCCCUGAACCCACAAGGCUGUGGAAGAACAGGUAG